AUGUCGGCGUUGAACUUCUGUCAAGGAGACCUUCUCCUGUUGCUCGACUCUUCAGGAAGUGUGACAAACUUUGAGUUCUCCUGUUUCCUGCUCUUCGCCGCCGAUCUGCUUUGUCCCUUUUCAUUGGGCCGUGGACAUGUGAGAGUGGCCCUGCUGCAGGUCGGCACCAGCCCUCACCUGGAGUUCAGUCUGGAGGGCCACGACAAACAGGAGAGUCUGGAGGAGAGUCUGCAGGAGGCCCUGCGAGGCGUCAACCAGCUGCAGGGAGACACCAACACGGCGACACACGUGGCCCAGCAGCUCCUGUUAAAGACGAGGCAGGAUGUGCCAAAGCUUCUGCUGUGGCUGACGGACGGAGUGCAGCCUGGAGCCGUGGAAAAGCCAAUGUCAGAGCUGAAGGCUCGGGGAGUUUCUGUGUUGGUGGUUUAUACGAUGCAUGGGAACCACCAGGUGUUAAAGCGUGUGGUGACACCUCCUGUAGAGUCCCACCUCUACUCUGUGGACAUCGAUAGCAUCGACAUCAUCACAGAAGACCUGAGGGAGGCCAUCGUCAGAAUUGUUUGUGCAGAACAGCUGAGCGUGGUCCACCUUACCUCCCGCAGUGCUGUGCUGCAGUGGCGUCCCUUUCUGACUGUGGACAGCGGGUAUGAGCUGCACUUGAACUCUGUGAGUACAAACCACCCUGAGAUCAGGAAGCUUCUGCCACGUGAGUCCAGCAGAGCGGAGCUGAGCGACCUGCAGCCUGAAACUAGAUAUGCAGCUUCUCUCCACCCCAAGUCCAACAACAGGCUGGUCAGACCACCGCACUUCCUGGUAUGA